AAAACGCUGCGGACUGCGCAUGCGCGGUUCACGCGCCUCCGUCGCGUUCUCCUUCAGUGUGUCCUCAGUCUCGCGCUGUAGUGCAGAAACACCGUUUGGCAAACCGACACGGCAAAACACGAUCAUGUCUGAGAAAGGACAGAAGCAGAGAGAGACACAAGUGAAAGGAAGCAGUGAGACCUGCCAUCACUGCAAGCCAAACACAUGCGCAAACAUGGCCGUUCCUCCUGCAUACGCUGACCUCGGCAAAUCUGCCAAAGAUAUCUUCAGCAAAGGAUAUGGCUUUGGAGUGGUGAAGCUGGACCUGAAGACCAAGUCUCAGAGUGGAGUUAUGGAGUUUUCCACCGGCGGCUCCAGUAACACGGACACCGGAAAGGCGGCUGGAAACCUGGAGACCAAGUAUAAAGUGAAGGAUCUGGGCUUGAGUUUGAACCAGAAGUGGAACACGGAUAAUGUUCUGACAUCUGAAGUGACUCUGGAAGAUCAGCUGGCCAACGGUCUGAAGCUGGGACUGGAGACUUCGUUUGUGCCCAACACCGGGAAGAAGAGCGCUAAGCUGAAGACGGGGUAUAAGCGUGACUUCAUGAAUGCGGGGUGUGAUCUCGACUUCGACCUGGCCGGCCCCACGGUUCACGCCGCAGCCGUUCUGGGUUACGAGGGCUGGCUGGCCGGUUACCAGAUGGCCUUCGACACGGCCAAGUCCAAACUCGUCCAGAACAACUUCGCUUUGGGCUACAAGGCGGGAGACUUCCAGCUACACACCAAUGUUAAUGAUGGCACAGAGUUCGGCGGCUCCAUCUAUCAGAAGGUGAACGGUCAGCUGGAGACGGCAGUGAAUCUGGCCUGGACUGCGGGCAGUAACAACACACGCUUCGGCAUCGCUGCCAAAUACCAGCUAGACAAAAACUCCUCCAUCUCUGCCAAAGUGAAUAACGCUAGUCUGGUUGGAGUAGGAUACACACAGAGCCUUCGGCCAGGUGUGAAGCUCACUCUAUCUGCUCUGAUCGACGCCAAGAACAUCAACGCCGGAGGACACAAGGUGGGCAUGGGCUUCGAGCUGGAGGUGUAACGACGCACAGAAGCAGAGAGACAUCAACGGAAAGAAAAGAAACACGGGGAGCUGACAGCACGACUCCAGCGCCUGCAAAAACACACUUUCGCCUGUAACUCCUGGUUAACUAAUCUGGCCUUAACCCUCUAGAGCCUCAACCAAUGAGAAACAAGAUCACCAGUCACAUGAUUUCUGUCCACACCAAUCCUCCAUCACCAGCUCGUUAUGUGACAACAUAUCAUAGCUAUUAUUAAUGUUACACACGUGGCACCCUGUCAUUUCUUGUUUUGAAACUGAACUAGAUAAAUAUCCUGAUUGUUUUAGUUUCCGAACCGUCACACAGGAGCUGAUGUGUGUGUAGUGCUUAUAGUUCAAGGGUUAACUGGUACUUUCUGAAUGUCAAGCCCCUCUCACUCACAUUUGUCCAGUUUUAUUGCCAAACACGUAUUUAUCACACAAGUUGGUUGUCUAUGUUUGUGGGCUGGAGUUAAUAGAGGACGGUCCAUGACCUUCUCUGCAUUUCUUAUUUUUACUCCCGUAAAAAAAAAAAAAAACCGUAUUUAUGUUAAAAGAGGAGGACUAGAAGAAGAAACUGAUGUGGAAAUUAAUAAAGAGGAACGUUGACUGAA